ACCUUUUGUCCUAACUGCAGAAACUUUCUAUGAUUUCUUUUAAUAGACUAGUGUCUCAAUGAUGCAAGAUUACCACUGGUGGCCACUAGCCUGCUCUGGGGUUAUUUGCUUUUUGUCUAAUGCAAUUCAUCUUUUCAUGUAAAUCAAUCUGUCGAUAAUGUAUUGUGAGAAAAUUUGAUGAAGUGUAGACAUUAAGAAAAUCAGUUGGUUCAGUAUGUGAAGUGGUAUUAGCUAAAAUUUAUGAUCUCAGCUCCUUAUCAUGAGUGUUUUCAGUUAUAUUAUAACUAUUAUUACCAUUUGACAUCAAACUGACAUUUGAUUUUUGGGACGGAACGUUGAGAAAAUAACUCAAGUUUAUGAUGUGAGAAGCAUGUCGUCUGGAUAUCUGACUGAGGUCAAAGAUUAUACAUUUCAUUAUAUGCGAAGUAGUAUCUAUUUAUUACUCUUGUUUUCUUUUUUAAUGCCUUCUGUUGAAUCUCGAUAUGAAUAACGGACUGAAUACUGAUAGAAAUUCUUCUAGAAUCCUAGAUAUAAGAAUUAUGCGGAACCUUUGAAGUUAGAAUAAUGAAGACUGCACUUGUAUCAGUAGUGAGAACCUUUUUUGGGGAGAGGGAGGCUGCAGUAGCAAGAAAUUGUUGAAUCUUUCUUCCUUUAUUGUUUUGUUACAAGCGUCACUGGUUGCAUUCCAUUAUUGCUGAGUAUUAGAUGAUUUUGGUUAAGAGUUGUUGAAUGAUCAAGUCAGGUGACCAAUUAUUUCACUUAAGCCUAUAAGAAAAUAGACUGCUGUAUUGUUUAUAUUCUUGAGAGAAAGAGAGUAGUUAUACUUAUCCAACGAUUUUAACUUUUUUUGGAUUUUUACUGGCUUUGGUUACAUAGCCCAAACUGUUCAUUACUAUUGAGCAAAUAUAAUAUGGCAUUUGCUGAAGGAAAAGUUGGAAACCAUGUAGCAUGAGCACCUUUUCUAGCUUUUAUUUUCUACACUCGCAUACUUUCUGCAUGUGUUUAGCCAUGAAAAUUGGUAAGAGGUGGCUUUGUAGAAUAACCAAGUACAGAGAAAAUAAUUCCUGAAAAAAGUUAAAAUAAUAUUUUCAAAUUUUCAAAUUCCAUCAUCAUUCAUAUUCUUUUUUGAAAUAAAAAGUGUGAUCAUCAUUCACAUUAUUAUUUUAUUUAUUCUUAAUUUUAUGUUUUUUGUGAAUAAAUACAUGCAAAUUUGAGAAUAAAAUGAAAAAACUUUUUCAUGUACCAAAUGGACGUUAGGUUUCAGGAUUUAAUUUCUAUUAGCAGUGUUCCUACAACCGAACUAUUUUUGAAACCAAACAUUUAUGUCAUUUUUUCAGCAUUCUCCACAAAUCCUUCAAUAGUUAAAACCUUGCAAUACUGUAGGUCUCAUCUAAAUUUUAACCUUCUCCGAUUCAGGCUGCCAAAUAACCCUGGAAAAUAGACAUUAUACCGGGGGUCUGCUUGAACUUCCACUGAUGCAAGCAGUGAUGACAUGCCAUUUGGCUUUCCAAGAUGAAUGAAUUCUCCACUGUCGACGGCUUUGUGGAGAUAAGUGAAUGCAUGGCGGAGAUGAUAAAAUAUAUCGCCAAUGAGCCCUCAGUGGGUCUUUUCUACAUACAGCAGCACACUCAAAAGGCAGUGCCAAAUGUUGUUACUCUUAAGAACAAUGUUUUGGAGAGAUCUCGUGAAGUGACUUUGCACACCGAAGACUUAGAAGAUUCUAUUGCCAUGGUGAAGUCAAUGAAAGAAUGCGGUUCUCCUAUUGCUGAAGAAAUGAUUCAAGACAUCAAAAACUCCUUGGCAAUGAUGUCAGUGAAACAACCAAGGAGAGGGCCAAUUCGUAACUCAACCUCCAGUUUUCAGAUGGGAAGAACUCGCAGCUGGGGACCUGCCACUUGGAGUGGCAGCUCAGAUUAUGCCCAGGCUGGUGAAAAUAGCAGUUAUUUCUCAACUGUAUUCAAGUCAGCGAGAGAAAGAGCCAGCGGCUUCAAGUGGCCACAGCUUGAUUCCAAAGAGCCAAAAGAAGAACAGAAACAGAAGCUACUGCUGCCAAAUCCAUCUCCACCUUUGUCAGUUGCAUCUGCCAGCAUUUCAUCUGUACCAGAUACCGAAGCUGAUGAGCUGCCCUUAUCAAGUGAAGUCGCAGAUGAAAUCCCUGAAAAAGAAGAGGAAGAUACACAAGUUGAUGUAGACUCGCCUAGCCAUAAACUAUUGUUAGUCUCUGAAAAGUAUGACCAUUUUAAGGCAAAUAAAGAAGCCAAACUAGAGGAAUGGUUAGGAGGGACUGAUGACAAACAACCGUGAAAGCUGCAAGGGAGCACAUGAUGCACCAAGGCUUGAGCACUUGGAUAUCAAAUAAGCUUUGGCUUGUAAAUACUAUUGUUUGUUACAGUAUAUAUCCUCUGAUAACAACCAGAUACAAUAAGAGAUUGAUUUUUCUACAGUAUA